AUGUGCUGCACCAACUGGUGCAAUACUCCAAAUUUGGUUAUUAAAGACAUCGAGCAAUUGGUGUGGAUUGCCAGUUGCCCUUUUCAGAUUCUUGGACAUUCUUUUUGGAGACAUGAGGAUGCGCCAUGUGAUGAUUUUUCUAUGGUUUUGCAGACAUCGCAGAAUGGCGGCCCCAAAAUUCAUGAAAAGGAGCCUUUAUCAUCUCUAGAGUCUGAGUUUGCAUACGACCCUAUGAAAGAUAAAUCAAAUAAGCUUUUGGCUAAUUACUCUGAAUACCGGAAAGUAGCUGGAGAUGGGAGUUGCUUCUACAGAUCGUUCAUUUAUUCAUAUCUGGAGCUGCUUGUGAAAGUACCUCAUGAGGAGGAACUACGUUUGAUUGGGACACUUGAACCACUGUUGGAGAAGUUCCAAAGACUUGAUUUGCCUGGUUCAUAUUAUCAUGGUCAUGAUGCUUUUGUGAACUUCAUACUGAAAUGUAUGGACCGAAAACAAACUCUAUCAGUAAGUGACUAUGAAGAUUGGCUUUUCCAGGAGAGUCAGAAUGAGCAGAAUUUUGCAAAUAUCAUAUCCUAUCUUCGACUGGUGACAGCGAUUCAGAUAUGCACUGAGGUUGAAAAGUUUAGCGAUGCCAUACCUGAGCUUGAUCCAUUGUAUCCUGAAGGGUGGUGCAGAGGGAAAGUCAUCCCAAUGGAGAAAGAUGCAUUGGAAGUCCAUCUGGUCGCGCUCACGGACGUAUUACAUGUGCCCCUUCGGAUUGUCAUUAUUGACAUUUCACCGAUUGCGGAGCCAAACAUCCACACAAUCUACGAGUCACCAGAGGCUUUUCCCGUAGUUCCUCGUGUGACGCUGCUGUAUAGGCCAGGGCACUACGAUAUCAUCUACCAGUAGUACUUGUAGGAAGUCGUGGAUACCGUAGCAUGAGAUAUACUAUG